CGAGAAGAAAGUGACUUUGUGGGGUGACACUACGGGGACUUUUUUUGGUGUCUUUUGUGGUCGGAAGACAACGUGCAACACACAUCAUCAUGUCAGGUGCGACGGUGGAAGAGGCCUCUCAGGUGGCGGAAUUUUUUUCCGGUCGAAGUGUCUUCCUCACGGGAAUCACUGGAUUUCUGGGAAAAGUCCUCUUGGAGAAGAUGCUGAGGUCGUGUCCGGACAUCGGCACCGUAUUCGUCAUCAUAAGGGAGAAGCGGGGUUCCAACUGUAAAGACAGACUCAAUAAGAUCCUCAACGAAAGGCUUUUCGAGAAGCUUCGCGCUGACAAGCCAGAUGCCUUUAAGAAGAUCGUCGUGGUUCCUGGAGACAUGGUUCAACCGCAGAUGGGCAUGUCCAACAUUGACAGGGAGAGAAUCAUCAACGAAGUAUCCGUGGUCAUCCACGGCGCUGCGUCCGUCCGUUUCGACGAGCCACUCAAAGUGGCGGUACGAUCCAACCUUCUAGCCACAAAAAUGCUCCUCGACCUUUGCAAGGAAAUGAAAAGUCUCAAGGUCUACGUUCACGUCUCGACUGCCUACUGUAACUGCAACGUGAAAGACGUGGAAGAAAAAGUCUAUCCAGCACCCCUUGAUCCUGCUCAUUUACUGGACAUGGUCGAGUGGAUGGACGAGUCCUUACUAGAGAGUCUCACACCCAAGUUACUUCAGGGCCGCCCUAACACCUACACCUUCACCAAAGCCAUGGCCGAAGUUUUGGUUCAAGAAGCAGCCUCUUCUUUCCCAGUUGCCAUCGUUCGACCUUCCAUCAUUACCGGAGCCUGGAGGGAACCCGUCGUGGGCUGGGUUGACAACUACAACGGACCAACUGGGUUGCUUGUCGCUCUUGGAACUGGUCUUCUAAAAUCCGUGUACUGCGACCUCAGUUUGGUCACGGACAUGAUACCAGUUGACGUCGUCUCUGACAGCGUAUUGGCUGCGGCUUGGUACACAGGAACAAACAGACCAGAGAAGGUGCGCGUCUACAACGUAGCCACCGGCACAGACAACCCGCUCUCCUGGCACAAGUUCAUGGUGAACGUCAUCAACAUUCCCUUCGACUACCCGUCUUCUAUCAUCGUCCGCUAUCCGUCCCCUGCCUACACAAACAUAAAGAUGAUGCACAACCUGCGACUCUUCGCCUUCCACUACCUGCCUGCCCAUGCAUUGGAUCUUGUUCUCAAAGCCGUCGGGAAGAAGCCGUGUCUCUCUCGGCUGUACGAACGCAUCAAGGGAUCCCUCGACGCUUACGAGUACUUCACGACGCAGGAAUGGAACUUCGAGACGGACAAUGUUAGAGCGCUCUACAGCGAACUCAACAGCACAGAUAAGAAGACGUACAACAUUGAUGUGACGCAAAUUGACUGGUCCACCUACCUCGUUAGCUACUGCCUAGGUAUUCGGCAGUUCGUCAUUAAAGAGGACCUAUCCACCGUCCCCGCCGGAAAGAGACACGUUACAAAGCUCUACUGGCUGAGCAAGGCCGGUAACGCUAUUUGCCUGUUCGGCGCGUGGCAACUGCUCAAAGCCAUCAACUGGGAUCCGGUAGACAUGGCCAUGACUGUCGGAGGCUUCUUCUAGGGAUAGCUCUCAGCUGAUUCAUCGGUGUUCACCAUUAUUGCUCAGUUAAAGUAUAAGGAACACGAUCGCUAAUCUUUAUAUGUAAAUUAUAUAUAAAGGUGUGUACAGUUGUUUGAAGGCAUUUUGCGAGUUCUCGAUGCCUUUUUGGAUGUGCUACAUUAGUCGUGGCAUCCUCUUUCUAGUGUGGCUAGGAAGUUUACUGUAAUGCUCAAGGGACAUUCUAUUGAUGUUGAGAAUGAUGCGACAUUUUCCUACCGUUCAAAGGUAGAAGCGGAUGUUUGUGUAUAUUUAUUGUAAAUAAAAUUUUACUUACGUUUACGAACCUGA